AUGAGGGAGAGGACAAGAAUCAUGUUCCGUUUGAGAUGUAACCCAUUGUUUCUUGUCCUCCUCCUCUCUAUCUUCAUCUCUUCAAACUUUUGCAUCUGUGAUGGAACUAUUAUCGAUCAUCUUCACCAAUCCGAACAGACACGCAUUCCAGAGGUUAUUGAUGGUAGAGAAUUUAAUGGGAAGGUGGAUGAAUGGAAUGAGAGGAGGAGGUCUGUGGCUGAAACUCCAGAAAAAAGCAGCAGCAGCUCCAAUGUUUUGAUAUUGGCGGCGAAUAGAACGCACAGAAGAUGCCCCAUUGCUGGCUUUAGGUACUACAAUGAUGGCUGGAAUCUCACAAACAAGCAUUACUUGUUUUCAGUGGCAUACUCUGCGGCUGGGCCCUUCUUGCUCGCGGCAGUUUGGUUUGUUGUGUUUGGGAUAAUAUUACUAUGCAUGUGUUUGCGUCGGUGUUGCUGUUGUGUUGGAAAGUCUAUUGGCUAUUCUAAAGCCGCCUAUGCUCUCUCCCUUACCUUUCUCAUACUAUUCACCAUUGGUGCAAUAGCCGGAGCAGUAUUUUUAUAUUCUGGGCAACAGGAAUUUCACAGUAGCAUAGUUAGAGUUCUAAGCUUUAUACUGUACCAGGCAGAUUUUGUAAUUGAGAACAUCCAGAAUGUGUUCAAUUAUCUUCUAUCUGCUAAGCUUGCUUUACCUGGAGAUUUUCAGCUCCAAAUCGAUGCUAUUCAACAACCAAUUAAUUUUGUUGCCAACCAACUUCGAAAUGCAACUAGGCAGACUGAAAGAGAAAUACGAAAUUUCUUAGAUCCCAAUCGCUUCUACCUAAUUUCCAUCUCAGCUUCUUUGCUCACUUUGGCAUUUCUUGGCUUCUUGUUUUCUGUUCUUGGAUUUCCUUGUCUUGUAUACAUGUUAGGGAUUAUCGGGUGGAUUGUUCUGGUGUUUACGUUUAUUCUGACCGGAAUGUCUCUCCUUAUUCACAAUGCGGUUGGGGACACAUGCGUAGCAUUGGAAGAGUGGGUUCAGAACCCAAAAGCCAGUUCAGCUCUGGAACACGUACUCCCCAAAGUAGACGAUGAAACAUCCCAAAAGAUAUAUUCACUGUCCAAAGGUUCCACGGUGGGACUUGUGAAAGUGCUUAAUGUCGACAUUGUCGCCAAUGUCAACAUUGACCCCAGCCCUGGAUCUCCUCAGUAUUACAAUCAAUCCGGUCCAAUGUUGCCUCUUCUUUGCAACCCAUACAAUCCCGACGAUCUCACCGAUCGGAAAUGUGAAGCUGGUGAAGUGGCGCUUCCAAAUGCAACCGAGGUGUGGAAGAACUAUAUCUGUAAGGUUUCAUCGUCUGGGAUUUGUGUAACGCCGGGAAGACUCACUCAAGAUCGGUAUUCGCAGAUGGCAGGACCCGUCAACGCGAGCUAUCAUCUGUAUCAUUACACUCCAUUCCUCAUUGAUUUAAUAGACUCCAAUUUUGUGAAGGUAACAUUUGCUCGUAUCAGCAAAGAAAACUGUCCGGAUUUGGUUAAAUACAGUAGAUGGACUUACGUUGGAUUCAACACUUCCUCUGUUUGUGUAAUGAUGUCAAUGUUCUUGUGGGUGAUCUACGCCAGAGAGCGAAGGCAUCGCAAAUACACCAAGAAACAAUUGAGCAAGGCCCCCCCUGCAGCCCAUCUUCAUAGUUCAAGAGAUCCAUGA